ACAAGGUAGUCCACCACCGUGUACCUCUUGAACCAAAAGUUCGCGAACUCCACACUUGGGUAUACACACACAGUUUUGUUUGAAGAGGAACCUAUCUUGUACCACAAAUAAUCCACUUGGAGUUGCAAAUACACUUGAAAAAUCAGGAUAGGUGGUAUAUAAUUCCUUCAAGUGUUUGAACCCCAAUAUUUUUGCGUGUCGAGCGUUCAAUUUUUGCUAACUGUGAAUGUGCUUCAAGGACUCAUGGUCCGGAUGCAGGAUGGAAGGUUUUGGUCGUAAGAUGUGCGACCAAUAGUCUAAUGUUCGUACGAUAACAUAAAAUUAUUUAUCGUACGUGGAGUAGUUGAGGUGGGCACCUCCCAACUUUUCACUGAAAAAGGCAAUGGGUUUCUUUUCUUGUAGAAGGAUCGCUUCAAUGCCAACUUUGCCCGCGUCAGUCCCAACUUCAAACAUUUUUCCAAAAUCAGGAAGAGCAAAAACGAGGGCUUCACAAAGUCGUUGUUUGAUUGUUUCAAAAGCAUGUUUGGCAGGGUCGUUCCAAGUAAACUCCCCUCUUUUCAUCAACUUGGUGAUUGGCGCCAUAAUAGAACUAAAAUCCCAAAUGAACCACCAAUAGAAAGAAGCCAACCCAUGAAAGCUUCAAAUUUCGUGUACAUUCUUUGGUUCGGGCCAUGAGGAGAUGGCUUCACCUUCACAGGAUCCACUCUAUCCCCAGCCAUGAUAUACCCUAAAAAGGCAGGAAUUACUAGAGUUGUUAUUGGCAUCAGACAUCCAUUGCAACAUCUUCGGGGUAAAGCUGUUCAGGCAUUGAGAAGUGAAGGGCUGCAUGUUGAUGUUCUUGGGGAGGAUAUUCGAAGCGUCUCCAUUGAGGAAGCUCUAAAAUCCUGUCUCCUUGUCAAUGCUCCUUUGCUAUAUAGAUCAGCUUCUCGAGUUCCAUUCUCGGUUCUGAAGUAUGCAAUGACACUUGACGGAAAAAUUGCUGCUAGUAGUGGACAUGCAUCAUGGAUAAGUAGCGAAAUGUCAAGAUAUCGAGUUCUUGAAUUACGUGCUAGAAGUGAUGCAGUUAUUGUAGGAGGAAAUACUGUACGCAAUGAUAAUCCGCGUUUAACUCCAAGACUUGGAGGUGGACAUGUGCCUAUGCGAAUUGUUAUGUCGCAAACGCUUGAUCUUCCGGAGGUUGCAAAUCUUUGGGAUGUUAGAGAUGUGCCCACAAUAGUCGUCACUCAGAGAGGUGCAAGUAGAAGUUUCCAAAAAUAUCUUGCAUCUAAAGGUGUUGAAGUAGUGGAGUUUGAUAUCUUGAACCCUAAGGAUGUCGUGGACUUCCUUUAUGAUCGUGGUUAUCUAUCCAUUUUGUGGGAGUGUGGAGGGACAUUAUCUGCAUCAGCUAUUUCCUCUGGUGUCAUACACAAGGUGCAUGCUUUUGUUGCUCCUAAGAUAAUUGGUGGAAAGAAUGCACCUUCUCCAGUUGGGGAACUUGGGAUGGUUGAAAUGACACAGGCUUUGGAAUUAAUUGAUGUUUGUUAUGAGCAGAUUGGACCUGAUGUGCUUAUUAGUGGAUAUCUGCAUCCCAUUCCUGAUGUGACACAUAUUAUUCCUUCGGUUGAAGAAACUUCAGCUAUUGAUCCAUCCUUAUCUUCUUAUGAUUCACCAAUCAUAUUCUUCAAUAAGACAUGGGACCCAUAUGGUAGUUUCUCCAACUUUUCUCCUCAUCCAGUUCAACUGCCUGAUGAAAGUGGUGAUUAUGUCACCUGGCCAAGUGUAGAGCACUAUUAUCAGGCACACAAGUUUGUGGGCUCGAGCAAUCCAAAUGCAAGAAGUUAUGUUGAAGCAAUAUAUUUGGCAAAAAGUCCUGAAGAAGCAGCACGGAUGGGAAGGAAAAUACAAAGAGAACACCCAGAUAUGGUAAGGUGGGACUGGGAAAACGUGAAGACGGAGGUGAUGUACAAGGCACUGAAAUACAAGUUCUCGAUUUACCCAUACUUGAAUUCAAUGCUUCUAUCGACAGCUGGUCGUGUACUCGUUGGAGCUUCUAAUAAGGAUCUCUUCUGGGGUGGAGGCCGGGAUGGCGAACACCUUAAUUAUUUAGGACAACUACUCAUGAAGUUAAGAUCCGAGUUUCUAGAUGGCGGCAAGCGUAAACCUGAAAUAUCUUCCAGUUACCAUGAAUCUUGAUUUCAUAUAUAUAGAGAGUCGGUUUACAUUAAAAUUACGUGUAAAAUCACAUAUGAUUUAUGUGUCGCCCACACACUCAAAUGUCGAUCUUUAGUAUAAAAUUACAUUUGAUUUUGCAUAUUGGUUUAACGCUUCUCAUACCAAUAUAGCAGAGCAUUUGAACUAGAGGAUUCAU